AUGAAGCUCGAGACGCGGCACGCCGUGCUCGCGUCGACGCUCGCCAUCAGCGGCUGCCUCAGCGGCGUCGCCUUUGGCUGGGCCGCGUUGGUCGUCAUGCUCAAACGCGAGGGCGCCUUCGAGGAGCUCUGCGACCGCAGCGCCGACGACGACGACGGCGCCUGCGCGGCGCAGGAGGUGGCGCUGUCGCGCGUCUUCUCCAUCGGCAUCCUGUGCCUCUUCGCGUCGCGGCUGCCGAUCGGCGUCGCCGUCGACCGGCUCGGCAGCCGCGCGACGACCGCGGGCACGUGCGCCGUCGCCGCCGCGGGGAGCCUCUGCCUCGCGGAGCGGUUCUACGGGCUCGGCUUCGGGCUCCUCGCCGGCGCGGGGCCGGGCGUGCACCUCGGAGCCAUGCACGUGUCGAACCUCUUCCCCGAGGCGAAGCGGACGGCGCUCGGGGCCUACUCCACGGCGCACCAGUGCUCGACGUUCGUAUUCUCCCUGUGGCUGCCGCUCUUCAACGCCGGCGCGUCGCUGCGCCAGCUCUUCCGCGGCUACGCGGCCCUCUUGCUACUUUUUGCCGCCGGCUGCCGCGCCGCGCAGCCGCGGUCGCGCUACGAGCUCGGCGACGCGGUGGCGCGCGGUGGCUGCGCCGCGGCGCUCGUCGGCGCGCCGCGCAAGGCGUCGGCGGCGCCGUCGCUGCGGGACCAGGUCGCGGCCGUGUGGCGGACGGAGGGGUUCCGGCCGCUGUUGGUUUACAAGUCGGUCUCCCUGCUGUCGAUGCAGUUCUUCGUCGCCGUGCUGCAGUACCGCCUCGCGGGCCGCGGCGCGGCGGCGUCGGCGAUGAACCUGGCCUUCAACGUCUUCGCGUCGUUCCUCGGGCUCCUGAUCGCCGCGCCGCUCGUCGGGCCGAUCCUCGACCGGCGCGACGACGGCGUCGCCCUCAUCCGCCGCGCGGCGACGGCCCAGGCCGUGGGCUUCAACGCGCUCCUGGCCCUGUCCGCGCGGUCGGCCUGGCCCCUCGCGGCGGAGCUGCCGUCGUACCUGCUGUGGGCGUCGUCGCGGAUCUGCUUCUUCGCGUACUUUUUCGCGCACUGCGUGAAGCUCUUCGGCUUCGGGAGCUUCGGCACGGCCGUCGGCCUGCUGUCGCUCGUCGGCGCGGCCGUCUGCUUCGCGGCGGUGCAGCCGCUCUGCGCGCUGGCCUUCCAGUCGUCGACGGGCAUCGCGGCGGUCUCCGCGGGCUUCGUGCCCCUCCUGAUCGCGGCCCACGCGUACGCCGAGCGCGCGCUGCUCCGCGCGGGCGCGGACGCCGCGACGCGCGUCGUCGACGCCGGCGGCGCGGAGCUCGACGGCGCGGAGCUGGCGCUCCGCGACGCCGAACCGGGCCGGGGCGAGGCGCGCGUCUAG